UUGUGAGUCACUGCGCAGGCGUGCUUCGUAGGCGAAGCAGUGACUCCCAUUCUUCUCGAGUCGGGAUGCGUUCCGAAAGUUGCAAAAAACGGGCACAUACUAUUAUGUCCGGGACCGUACAAUGACGUUGGGGAAUUCGCCUUAAUAAGUGCCUGCAGCCAAUAUUGAAAGAAAAAGAGAGAGAGAGAGCCACUACUCGUUAUAUUUUAUGUUGGUCAGCCUCGUGGAACUUUAAAUACCACGUUUUGGAUUUUAAUUUAUUGCGAGAAUAUUUAACUGGCGAUGGCUGAAGAUUUACGCAAAAGUGAGGAAGAUAAUUCUACGACUAAAAGAACAUCGUACCUUGCUUGGGAUGAAUAUUUCAUGGCAGUAGCCUUCCUUUCCGCACAACGGAGUAAGGAUCCGUAUACUCAAGUUGGUGCAUGCAUCGUUAACAACGAUAAUAAAAUCAUUGGUAUUGGGUACAAUGGAAUGCCCAUAGGAUGCAGUGAUGAUGUAUUUCCUUGGAAUAAGGGUUCCUAUUCCAGUUUAGAUUCAAAAUAUCUUUAUGUGUGCCAUGCGGAAGUUAAUGCUGUCUUGAACAAAAAUUCAAGCGACUGCAAAGAUUGUACAAUAUAUGUUGCUCUGUUCCCCUGCAACGAAUGUGCAAAAGUAAUAAUCCAGUCUGGCAUACGGACAGUGAUAUAUAUGUCGGAUAAAUCUUCUGACAAAGUUCAGACAGUAGCUGCAAAGAGAAUGUUUGAUGCAGCUGGCAUAAAAUACAGACAAUAUAUUCCAAAAAAUAAGAAAAUAGAGAUUAAUUUUGAUGAUAUUGAUUGCAUGAAUCAAUCACCAGAAACUCCAGUGAAAUAAAAUCAUUGACAAAGGAAGAUAUCGAUCUGUUGUACUUUUAAUACCAGGUAACAUUGUAUAUAAUAAAGAAGUUUUAUCUAUAUUCAUGUUCAUUUA